AUGAAAGCCCCAGGAAAUAACAACGGAAAAAAGCAAUGUCAUGUGGUGACAUUGCGAAGUGGAAAUCCUCUUGUAGAAAGAACCAUGAACCCAAGAACUAACAAUCUUUCAAAAGAGCUCAACACAUGCCCAACGACAUUGGCAGAUCAAGAAGAUCAGACGCCUGACUCCACAAGCCAUUCAAAGCCAAGCACGUCUAACGCGGGAGAACCUGCGGGGCAACUGAAUGUACCAUUUUAUAGACACUUGAUGAAGAAGAAUGAUGAACAACAAUUUAAGCAUUUUCUUGAACUCCUGAGGCAACUGCACAUUAAUAUUCCACUUGUUGAAGCCUUAGAACAAAUGCCGAAGUACGUCAAAUUCUUGAAGGAUAUUCUAACAAAGAAGAGGAGAAUCAGCGAAACAGAAGUAAUUACGCUAACGCAGGAGUGCAAUGUAUUAGUCAGCAACAGAUUAACCAAUAAACAGAAGAACCCGGGAAGCUUCACAGUCUCAUGCUCAAUCGGAGGGCUGGACGUAGGACAUGCAUUGUGUGAUCUGGGAGCAAGCAUCAGCCUCAUGUCACUCUUAAUCUUCAAGAAUUUGGGAAUUGGUGAAGCACAACCCACUUCUGUAAUGCUUCAACUCGUAGAUAGGACGAUCACAUACCCUGAUGGAAAGAUUGAGGAUGUUCUAGUGAAAGUUAACAAAUUCAUAUUCCCAGAGGAUUUCAUCAUCCUUGAUUAUGAAGUAGACAGGGAUGUACCAAUUAUUCUUGGAUGA